AUGCGGUUAACUACCAUUCCUGCCAGCAUUGGACUUCUUUUACCAGCCCAACUGCCAGCAUCAGAGCAUUUCUAUGGGCGUCCUUCGAUUGAAGACACUAUGCAUGCUGCAGUUGUUGACCAUACAAGAGGUGUCAAAUAUUUCCCCGCCAAUUCAACAUUGCCCACUUUAAGAAUGGAUGUCGGACGAAAGAUCAAGGUCUAUCCGGUUCCAUCCGGCUGGACUCCUCCAACUAUUGAGAAGCUCCACAAUUGA